CUACAAGGACGUGAACGGUGUAGAGCGGUAGUGUCUAGUGCUGUGAUCAAAUUAUAAAUAAAGAAUCUAAAGAUAAAUAAUAACUUAAAUCCCUACAAUUGGCGACGAGCGGGUUAAAGAAUCAUUCGCGGUUUAAGGUAUGUUGAAGGAUAAGUUUGUUAAUGAAUUUAAGAAGAAAAACACGAGUUUUGUGAAACUGACGCUCCUCUGAAAAAACAAAAUGGCUGGAUGGAUAGUUUUUUUUAGUUGACCGUAAGAAAAAUUGGAGAGAGAUGCAAACUUAGUGGAGUGGGAGAGAGAUGCGGACUUAGUGGAGAGUGCUUGUAAAUGGUCAUAGUGUGGUGUGGUGGAUAAGAAAAGCAAAGAGAGGAAGGGUAAGGGUGAAAAAUGAUCUAUUGUUGCUUGCGAGAACGGGACCAGCCAAAGUUUUGAUGUAGAAAAGUCGAGAGAUCACUUAAUGGAGAGUGUUUGUGACUGGUUUUGAGGGGAAAACCAACACAGAAAAAACACAAGAAAAUGAAGAGAGAAAAUCAAAAUGACAAAAUAUUAAUCCAUCGCUGUUGGUGAGAAUAAACAUAACCAAAAUUUUGUUAGUGAAAUAGAGGCACGCCAGAGAACUUGUGUGUUUAUGUGAGCGUUUUUAUGAUUAAUGUGUGGAGCGUAUAUGGAUGGGUGUUUAUUUUGGCCAUUCACAAGAAUUAUUGGUUUUGUAGUGAAUGGAUAAGGAGAGUAUAUAUAUUCUAUUCUAGAUAUAUUACAGAUGGAUGAAAGUCGACCCCUGCCAAUGUUCCGAUGCGAACAAAUAGAACCAAGUAAAUUGGCAAAGGAAUGGCGCGAAUGGAAAGACUCUCUGGAGUUUUAUUUCGACUCCUAUCAGAUAGUCGAUCAGAAAAUAAAGCGUUCGAAAAUGUUGCACUUUGGUGGUCCUCAAUUGCAGAAGGUUUAUAAAAGUUUGGAAGGUACCGAAGAUUUUCCGCUGGUUAUGUUAGAAAAACGGUGGUACGAUGUAGCUGUUGAUCGUUUGGAUGCGUACUUUAAGCCACGCUGUCAAGAUGUUCUGGAGAGGCAUAAGUUGAGAAAUAUGAAACAAGGCGUUCAUGAAAGUUUUUCUCACUAUCUAUUGCGUUUACGUCAACAGCUGAGGGACUGUGGAUUCGAUAAAUAUUCUAAAGAUAUUCGGAAUAUCCUAGAGGAGAUUGUGCUUAUCGAUGUAAUUGUCGAGGGGUGCAAUUUACCGGAGCUCCGAAGAAAAAUCCUCGAGAAAGAUCAGUCGCUGUCAGAUAUUGAAGUUUUGGGAACAUCCAUGGAGAGUGUCCGGCUGCAAGAAAAGGAACUGAGAAUCAGCGUCCACAGCGAUAGUAGUCAGUCGGAAAUCUGUAAAAUAAAGACAUGGAAAUCAAAGGGGGAACGCCAACAGGGCCGAAUAUUGAAGCGAUUCAAUCAUGGACCGUUCAAAAAAGGAAUUAACGAAGUAGACAUUAUUUGUUACGGUUGCGGAAAAUACGGGCAUUUUUCAAAGGCACCAUCAUGUCCAGCGAGGGAUCAACACUGUCGCAGAUGCCGAAAAAUCGGGCAUUUUGAAGUAGUUUGUCGUAAACGUCCUGGUCCAGCCCAACAAACAUUCCCCCCUAAAAAAGUGCAAGCAAUCGAGGAAGUUUGCCAGAACACGCCCACCCAGGAGCAAGAUACAGUAACAUCAGAAGACAAAGAAAAGGUAUAUUACACGUUUCAUAUGGGAAGUGAAUCGAACGUAUUUCAGUGCAAAAUCGGAGGAGUCUCAGUGGAGGUAUUCGUCGAUUCAGGCUCAGAAGUAAACAUAAUAACUGCAAAGACAUGGGAAGCUAUGAAAGCGCAAAAAGUUGUCGUGAUUAGAUGUGAGAAGGGAAGCGAGGCAGUUCUGAAAGCCUAUGGUAAUAACGUGCCACUUUCAAUUUUGGGCACUUUUGAUGCAGUUGUCGAGAUCGGGAGGCGAUCGACUGAGGCCACAUUUUUCGUUGUCGUGGGUGGGCAACGAAAUUUGUUGGGUGACGGUACCUCGAAGAAAUUAGGAAUUCUGAAAAUCGGCUUGGACGUGAAUCAAGUACUGGAUGUCUCGGAUACAAAGUGUGCUCCGUUUCCAAAAAUUUCGGACAUACAAGUGCAUAUCCGCAUGGAUCCCGACGUGAAACCAGUUUUUCAGCCACUGCGGCGAGUGCCCAUUCAUCUAGAGAACGCUGUGACGGAGAAGAUAGAGGAUCUUCUACAACGGGACAUCAUUGAAGUGAAACGAGGGCCAGCAACAUGGGUGUCACCGUUAGUAGUGGCCAGUAAGGCAAACGGUUCGAUUAGACUGUGCGUGGAUUUAAGACGUGUUAACCAGGCAGUUAUUCGCGACCGACAUCCAAUGCCAAUUAUCGAAGAUGUGCUCGCUAGAAUUGGAAAAGGAAAAUAUGGAGUGUAUUGGAUGUCAAGGACGCAUUCUUUCUACUGGAACUUGAUGAGGAAACCAAAGAUGUUAUGA